AUGUCCAACGCCGAUAAAUUCCUCGAAGCUGCCGCUACAUUCCCUGAGGAUGCUUUGCCCAACAACCAAGUGUACGAGCACCCUCUCGUUCAGAGAUAUGCAACCAAGGAGAUGUCCUUCGUUUGGUCUCCCGCCAUGAAAUUCACAACCUGGAGAAAGCUUUGGACUGCCUUGGCAACUGCUGAACAAGAACUUGGACUUGAUAUCACCGAUGAGCAAUUGGAGCAAAUGAGGAAAAAUCUGUUUGAUGUCGAUUUCGACCUUGCUGCCGAAAAGGAGGCUGAGUUCCGCCACGAUGUGAUGGGUCACGUUCAUGCAUUCGGUGAUGCGGCACCAAAGGCCAUGCCUGUUAUCCACCUUGGAGCCACAUCUUGUUAUGUUGGUGACAACACUGAUUUGGUUCAAAUCCGCGAUGCGCUGAAGCUUACCAAGAGAAAAUUGAUCCAAGUCUUGGACAUCCUAAAGGGAUUUGCCAACAAGUACCGUGAUCUCCCAACUUUAGGUUACACCCACUACCAACCCGCUCAACUAACAACUGUUGGAAAGCGCGCAUGUUUGUGGAUGCAAGAUAUGCUCUUGGAUUUGGAGCGUGUUGAGAGAGAGAUCGACGAUCUUCCAAUGCGUGGUGUGAAAGGAACCACUGGAACUCAAGCUUCGUUCUUGGAGCUUUUCGACGGCGACCACGAGAAGGUUAAGGCAUUGAACAAGCGAGUUUGCGAACUUAUGGGCUUCAAGAAGGCCAUUCCCGUUUCUGGACAAACCUACACUAGGAAAAUUGAUUUCAACAUCCUUAGUGUAUUGAGUGGAAUUGCCCAAUCUGCCUAUAAGAUGUGCGGUGACAUCCGUCUUCUCGCUAACUUGAAGGAAGUCGAGGAACCAUUUGCCAAGAAACAGAUUGGAUCCAGUGCUAUGGCUUACAAGCGUAACCCUAUGCGAAGUGAGCGCGUGUGUUCGUUGGCUCGAUACGUGAUGAGCCUUCCCAAUGCUGCUGCAAACACUCAUGCCAACCAAUGGUUCGAGAGAACGCUUGAUGAUUCCGCUAUUCGACGAAUCAUCCUACCAGAGGGUUUCCUUGCCGUUGAUGUCAUCUUGACCCUUUUGGCUAACAUUAGUGACGGAAUGGUAGUCUGGCCAAAUGUUGUCAAAGCUCACGUCAUGGCCGAGCUUCCAUUCAUGUCGACAGAAGUGAUCCUUAUGGAAUGUGUGAAGGCUGGUGGAGAUCGCCAAGAACUUCACGAGGCUAUCCGUGUCUACUCCAUGGAAGCUGGUGCCGUUGUUAAGGGAGAGGGAAAGCCAAAUGACUUGUUGGAACGCAUAGCAAAGGAUCCUUUGUUCGCUGCAGUUCACUCCAAAUUGGAUACGCUGAUCGAUCCUAAACUAUUCGUUGGUCGUGCCCCUGAGCAAGUCGACGAAUUCCUUGAGGAAGAAGUCAAUCCAAUCUUGGAAGCAAACAAGGAGUUGCUUGCUAUGAAGAGUGUUGAUAGCGUAAACGUUUAG